AUGUGGCGAGCACUUGUUGGUUUAACUCUUUUAAAUAUUGUUUUAGCUGAAGAAGAUCUACGGUAUGUUGAAACUGAUUCUGGUGUAGUAAGCGGUGAAAAGUAUUGGAAAGCCGAUUAUUAUGAAUUUUAUGGCAUCCCUUAUGCCAAGGUACCUACAGGAAGAGAUAGAUUUCAGGCUCCCUUAGCCCCUGAACCAUGGGAAGGAGUAUUUAAAGCCACAAAGAGAACAACUCUCUGCCACCAAAUCUAUUACACUGGAGACGUCAAUGAUGAAACAAUGUUGGAUGGUGAAGAAGAAUGUCUUGUCGUAAAUCUAUUUGUCCCAGACGUAGCAUCUGAAAAGAAUUUAGUACCAGUUGUAGUAUACAUUCAUAGUGGAGCAUUUUCUGGUGGAAGUGGGAUGAUGGCUAUGUACAGUUACUUAGUGAGACAUGACAUAAUUGCCGUUAGUUUUAAUUACCGCUUAGGUGCCUUGGGAUUUGCUUGUCUGGGUAAUAAGGAAAUACCUGGAAACGCUGGCUUGAAAGACCAAGUGGCUGCUUUAAGAUGGAUUAAGAAGAACAUUAAAAAAUUUGGGGGUGAUCCCGAUAACAUCACACUGGCGGGUUUCAGUGUAGGUGCGUCUAUGGCCCACUUACUAUCAUUAUCUCCUGCUACUAAAGGGCUAUUUAAUAAAAUUAUUCUCGACAGCGGUUCUGCUUUAACACCUUUUGCGAUAAAUCGACACCCCGUGACCACUGCAAAAAAUAUAGCUCUUUCAAUAGGCUAUAAUGGAACGGAUAGCUUAAAGGAUUUAACCGAAUUUUAUUUGAAUGCCACAAUCCGAGAUCUAACUGAGAAAAGUUUACAUUUUUAUGUGAGAAAUAGUUCAUUCGGAUUUGCUCCAUGUAUUGAAAAUAAAAUUGAAGGCGUUGAGGCAAUAUUAACGGAGUCGCCUUUGGACGUAAUGAAGAAAGGUUUAUAUAACGACGUGGCAGUUUUGAUUGGUUUCUCUAAUAUGGAAGGCAUAAGUCGUACAAUUAAAUUCGGUGAAUGGAGAGAGGAAAUGAAUGAAAAAUUUGCUGAUUUCUUACCAGCUGAUCUUAAAUUUGAUACUGAGAAAUCUAAAAAUGAUUUUAUAACACAAACAAAAAUGUCCUAUUUUGGAGAACAAAAAAUUGAUGCCCAAGCAUUACAAAGUUACAUAAACUAUUUCUCUGAUUCAAUGUUUAAAUAUGGUAUAAUACGAGCAGCAAAAUUACACUCAGCAAUAUCAAAGAAACCCAUAUAUCUGUAUGAAUUUGGUUACGUUGGACGUCUAAAUAUUAAUCACAUAUAUAUGGAGAAAGUAAAAGGGGCCAGUCAUAGAGACCAAACUUCGUAUGUUCUAGAUUUUUUUGGAUUUACAAAUAAUUAUAAAGAUUUGGAUACUAGAGACCGUAUGACGAGUAUGUGGUCGGAUUUUGUAAAGUACAGUGACCCCACCAAAUACGAGAGCUCACUUAUCACUUUCAAAUGGCAGCCAUAUACCAACGAAAAUCCAAACUACUUGGAGAUCAACAAAAAGUUACAAAUGAAGAAAGAUUUGUUUGCUGAUGGAUGGCGCUUUUGGAAUAAAGUAUACGACAAGUAUUACUGGAACCCCACAGCGUCAACGGCCACA